CAACCACAUUCUGAAUUCACCAUUGAAAACCUGGUCUGUACUGCAUCUGAACUAUUUGCAGCAGGAACAGAGACAACAAGCCCACACUGAGAUAUGGACUCCUGAUUCUCCUGAAACACCCUGAGAUAACAGGAAAACUUCGUGAAGAAAUUGAUCAUGUGAUCGGCCGAGAUCGAGGUCCAUGCAUGGAGGACAGAAACAAGAUGCUUUACACCAAUGCUGUGGUCAGAAUUCACUUCUACCUCUUCAGAUCAUCUGGCAUCUGCCUGAACUUGGGUACCACCAUAAUACCAGCACUGUCUUCUGUUCAUUAUGAUGAUGAAGAGUUCCCCAAUCUGGAGAAGUUUGACCCAGGUCACUUCCUGGAUGAAAGCGGCAAAUUUAAGAAAAGUGACUAUUUCAUGCCUUUUUCAGCAUUGGAACACGGAUAUGUGUUGGGGAGAACAUGGCUCAGAUGGAAUUAUUUCUGUUUUUUACUAUCACCUUACAGAAUUUUACCUUGAAAUUUCCCAUUGACCCCAAAGAUAUUGACACCUCCCCUGUUGCCAGUGAAUUUGGCAAAGUACCCCCUUCCUAUGAGCUCUGCUUUCUACCUUUCUAAAAAGCAUGAAGGACCACCACUAUUUCCAGCUGCUCUAGAUUCUCCUCAUUUGUUAUGGAUAAGCUGUAUUCAUUCCAUUGUACUGCGAUGAAAGCCCUGUAUGAUUUUAGCCCAAUACUCUCUUCUAGAAUAAUCUAAGACUCCCUCUGACUUUUGCCAAAAUCAUGACUUAAGUUUCCCCAACAUUCCCAGAAAAUUCCUCUGUUCCUGGAAUAUUUCUUCUCUUUUCUUCACCUGCACUGAUUAAAAUCCUACCCACUCUUCACAUCACAAUUUAGAUGCCAUAUCC